AUGAUUCUGAUGGCCAAGUACGAGACGCAUCGUGUCGACUACCUAGUGCACGCCGAAGAUCUCGCACAUUUUGCGCAGGCAAUCGAGAUGGAAGCUCAACCGGGACGCUUCUUUGGAAAGGAGGUUGUCGCCCACGUGGAUGAGUCCACACCGCGAAAGGAAACGCGUACCUGCUAUGGAUGUGGCAAGAUGGGACAUGUUAAAGCCGACUGUCGUAGCAGGAGGACUAGCGACAAGAACAGCAGCCGUCGCGGUAAGAGUGGUGGCAACAUUGUACUUGCGAUUGGCGAAGGCAUCAGCAAGAAGGGCAAGCGUCAUGCCAAGUGUAAUCUGACACUGGCAAUUAGCAAUGACAGUGACGAAGAAAGCGACGACUGGAUUCUAGACAGUGGAUCCAGUCGCCAACUCGUCAACAACGCGUCUCUACUACAAGGCGUGCGAGACUGCGAGCACGAGUGCCACCUAGCCGACGGCGAGAUUAUCAAGCUGUCGCGCGUCGGUAGCGUUGUACUGACUGUGAAAGCAGAAGGACAUGAGCGAGAUGUGACUCUGACGGAGGUCUACCUCGCACCGGAUCUAUCGAGAAAUAUCAUGUCGUACGGCAAGCUUGAGCGCAAGGGUUUAGGACUUGUUUACGACGGUACGAAGCGCGCACUUGCGAGACGCAGCAAUGGGGAAGUCGUGUUCGACAUAAAAAUGGAAAACAACGUACUAUACGUUGAGACAGUGGCACCGACACGCGCUGGGACACCACACGAUGUGCUGAUGGCGAUCCUAACUCAAAAUUCGAUGGAUGUACCAGCCAUGGAUGUCCAGAUUGGCUCGCUCUAUAAUUUUCACCAGCGUCUGGGUCACUUGGCAUACGACACGGUCGAGCGCAUGGCAAGCGAUCCAGAGUCCAGCAUAACACUCACAGAUCGUGCGAGGCCGACGUGCAUUUCGUGCGCCCAAGGCAAGCAGACGAAGAACGCACAGUCGCGUAAGGACACGGGUGCUUACUCACCUAUUGACCGCAUUGGUGGCGUCAUUUGUUCCGAUCUCAAGGGUCCGAUGACCCCCAAGGACCGGCUCGGAAACCGGUACCUCGUCAAUUUUGUGGACCAUAAGUCCAAUUACUGUCGCGUCUUCCUCGCUCCAACGAAGGACAAGGCCGCGAAGAAGUUCAAACACUUCUUCGCAUUCUUCGAGCGCCAGUUUGAGUGCCGCAUCCACGUGCUAAGGACGGACGGUGGUGCCGAGUACGCGAAUGUCGACCUCUUCUGUAAGUCGACUGGUGUCGCAAGACAGGUCAGCGAGGCACGCAACCAGGCAUCGAACGGCAAAGCUGAGCGCAUGCACCGAGCGGUGUUAAACAUGGCGCGGUCGAUGAUCUUUGCGAGUCGACUUCCCGUGUCAUUCUGGGGUGAUGCGGUCGAAUAUGCGGCGUACAUUCUCAACCGCAGCCCGACAAGUGCGAACGCGAAGCGAGCGUCUCCAUUGGAAGUGCUGACAAAGCACGCGCCUGACUUGCGAGACAUAGUAGCAUUUGGCUUUGUUUGCUCUGUCUACCGCGAUCCACGCAAGAACUCUCUGGCGAGGCGAUCGCAAGUCGGCAUCAUCAUCGGACGCAGCGAUGAAACCAAGGGCUACAGAGUGUUCCUUCAGAAGGAAAACAAGGUUACUGUCACGCAGCACGUGAAGGAUAUUGAGACGCUCAGCAAGGCACAGAACAAUCAGUUACAGAGGGCGCUUGGCUACGAGGAUCAAGUAGGUGCGACAUCAACAGAAACAGAGACGGCGACCCUGAUGUCGGCAGACCCAGCUCCGACAUUGAAAAUACACAGAGGAAAGAAAAAAUCGAAGUCAUGGACGCGUGCAGCACACAGGACGCGCAGCGCGGCGAAGCGUUCGCAGGCAUCUGGGGUUCAGGAGGAGCCAUCACAAGACGAAAGUGUGGUGGCGUACGUAUUUGAGAGAGACCCCAACAAUUAUGGGGAAGCGAUACGCAGCAGCAAACGCGAAGGCUGGGAGUAA